AUGAUAUUAUGCCGUGCCAUAUCGUGCGCAUAUGUGCAGCACCUGGAAUGGAGGGAGAAGUGGAGGCCGGAGUACCUGCGGGACGAGUGGAAGGCCCCCCCGCUGCUGGAGCGGUACGGGGCGUUCGGGUUCCUCGGGUACGACCUCGAAGGGUCAGCCGUUUUCCUGGUCGACCAGGGCGGGACGGACCUCAAGGGGAUUCUUUCCUGCAUCUCCAAGGAGGAUUACAUGCGAUGGGGAAUCCAGAUUGCAGAAAAGGGCCUUCUAGAGGGGCGACGAAGCUUGGGGAACGGUAACGGGAACGGGAACGGGAACGGGCCUGCGUACCAGUUCGUUUUCAUUGUGGAUCUCCAUGGCUGGAACUUUUCCGACGUAUUCUUCAAGCCUGGUCCGUCUUCCUUUCAGUGCUUUCGUCGUUAGACGUUUUGGCUAUGAAAUUAUCAGUUAGAAGGCGAUGUGGGUUGGGCCCUUUCAUAGGCCCCAAUAGGACCAGCUUUAUAAUAUAAUCAAUUACUAACUUUUAUGUGGCACAACGAAAUAAUUUAAAGUAUGGUCACGGAG